AUUUAACAUGGACUCUUGGAAGAACCUACGUUUAUCAAUUUCUUUCUUAGACGCUAUCCUAGAAGAUGGCGAGGAUGUCAACAAGCAGGAUCUCAGAAUGGAGCUUAAGCUAACCACUGGUGAAAUCGUGACUGUUGGAAUUGGAGAGGAGCCAGUCAGACUAGAGGUCAAGAGUGGAUAUGGAGUCUUGAGAUGUGGCUUGAAUACCUUCGAAGGCCUCUUUAUUGGUAGCGUUAGUUUUAAUGUUAAGACCUUCAUGCAACUGAUCAAUAACGAGAUCACACAUUGGGUUUCACUAAAAGCAUCUGCUUACAAUGAUGAUUUUGAUGGCAUAUUUGGGAAAGACCAGAAUGAGAAACCAAGGAUUCUUAUGAAAUAUAGUGCUGAAGCUCUACCAGAUACACCUUCACCGGACCUAGUUGUGAGAGAGCAUCACACUACUAUCUACGAAUCAUCAGGUGAUUCCCAAUUCAACAAGAAUUCAGGGCUUAUUCCUGGAAAAGUGUUUACUAAGGGUAACCUCAAAGUCAGCCUCGAACGUGUCAGGGCUGAUCCUUCCAAAAGAAAGGGAGCAAACUCUAAAGAAGAGGUAGUAGCUUUCCUCAGUGAGGUAGAUCCUUCCGAGCUAGAAAAAUAUAUGGAAGCGAAGACGGCUGAGCUAGUCGAAGAAGUUAACAAUGAAAAGGAUCAACUUAACGUUGAAGAAGAGGAACUUAUUCAAAAGUUACAAAGAAUUGAGAAAAACCAGACCGAUCUUACCAAGGAUGAAAAGGAUCUUAAGAAUAUUUGUGAUCGAGCGAUUGUCAGCCUCGAAGACACCAGAAAACAUGUCCAACUAGUUAAGGAAGAAGAGAAUCAAGAGAGACAAAGACUUAUCGAUGAAAUCAAGAAGUUAGAGGCUGAGCUAGACGAUGUUGACCGCGAACUUGAAGAUGCUGAGAAUGAGUAUGAAGAAGUCUCUAUUGGCAUUAAGAAAACCAAAAUUAUUCCAGAGAAAAGUUCAGGGGAAGAUGAAAGACUAGAUGCUCUAAGAAUCGAGGCUGAUAAACUUCUUAACGAAAUUGCCAUUUCUGUAAGGACUGGGCAAGUUGCUCCAGAUUUCGAAAUCCAAAGAGACGAGAACUUCCUGGAUGAUGUAGAUCACGACACACAGAAACUUCUUGAGAAAGAAAGUGAAAGAUACAAUGUUGAACUUGAUCUACUCAAUUUGGAGGACAAGUGUAGGAAGGAUGACUAUACUCUUGAUGAAAAGAACCAUGGAAUUUCAAUCAAAGAUGCUAAUAUUCAGUACCAUAACAGUCACUUGAAUGCUCUUCAGAAUGAGUUAGCAAGAGCCGAUGAGUAUUAUGACCAGAUUAUCUCUGACUUUAAGAGAAAGAUUGAUGAAGAGGCUGCUGACAUUAAAGACCUUGAGAAAGAACUCAGGAACAAGAAGGAUGAGAGAGAAAGACUCAGGCAAAGAACUGAGAGCUUAAGGAACGAAUACAACAACGGUAGCAAUGGGCUUGGCCUUAACGAUCAAUCUUAUGACUACGAUUCCAGGAACGAAGAGGAUAUUGAUGACCAAAUUAAGAGGAAAUUAUCCCAGCUUGAGGAAGCUGAGAGUAAAAGAAAAGAUGCUCAAGGUGAACUUGACAAGAUCUAUAAGGAAUGGAACACUAAGCUUACUCAACAUGUCAACAAUGCUUAUGAGAAUAGCCAGAAUGCUAGGGACAAGGACCAACUUAGGGAAAUUCAGAGACUUAUUAAAGAGAAUGAUGAUGUCGCUAGACAAGUCAACAGCCUUCUGGAGACAUUUGAUUUUGACAUUCAAGGAAUGACAGAGAGUCUCCAAAGACUUCGUGAUGAAGAUGCAGAGAUCUUGGACAAUCUUAGAAGAGCUGAAAAUGCUAUUCAAUCGAAGCAGCAUACUAUCAGAUAUUUAGAUGAAAAGGUUCUGACUUUGACCCAACAAUUGGAGGCAUUGAAAGCUGAAUCUGAAGAAAGAAAGGCUCAUAUCGAGCAACUCAAGGUACAAAUUGAAGCAGCAAGGAAAGAAAUCAAUGAAGCUGGCGAUGAUGACAUAGGAACAGAUGAGCUUGAGAGACAACUUGAAAUGAAACAAGAAGAAGUUAGAUCAUUAGAAGAACAAGUUAGAAAUAAGGAAGCUCAAUAUGACGAAUGGCGUGAAAAAGUUAAUAUGAAGCAGAAGGUUAUCAGCAGAAGAUCUAAAUCAAGGAAGAAGGAGUACAUUCCAGAUCCCUCUGAUGAGGCCGAUGUUAUUAUAGCAGAUUAUGUAAAUCAGCAUCAAGAUCCAGUUCCAAUUCAUAAGGUUGGAUACAGAAAUUAUAUUUAUGGAACAAGAAAUAUUGAGGUAAAAGAAGAUCGUAACAAGGGAUGCGUAGUUAUCCAAAAGACAGGUGAAAUAAUGAAGCUUCAUGAAUUCCUUGAAUAUUACAGCAUUCCAGAGAAACAAAGAUUAGAUGACUUAGAUCAAAAUGAAAAGGUUAUGAUCAGUUCAGUGAAUUACUAAUUUUAAUACUUGGAGCUCUUCAAUCUA